GACGACAAGGAAGUGUGAACUCUGGGUUGCGGGAGCGUCCGCACAGGCGGUAAGUGGAGAGAGCAGGUGGAACUAUGCGAGUGACGCCCUUGCAGAGCCCUCCACUGCCUGGUGCAGAGCGGUUAAGCCCACACAAGCGCGGCAGACCUCUGCGGAAAGGGAAAGAGCAGAAGGCGACACGGUCCCGCCUCAACCUCACGAAGGAAACGGGGAAACGUCCACGACCGACAAGCGACCCCUCACUCUUCGUUGGCGCUGCCCCAGCAGCCGCCGGCCCGCGGACCCGGAAGUGGUUCUGCGCGCCCCUUGCGUCGGGAGCGGCGGUGUCCCCGUGCGUCUGCGCACACCGGCUCCAAGCGCGCCCUUCGUGCGGUGUCGCUAGACAAGCCCCGCCGUCGUGCGCAAGCGCAGUCAAGGACUCGGUCCUGCGGCUUCUUUAACAGCCUGGUGUGGACAUCAAGCCUCUGGUGAAGGAGGACGAGGCCUAAGUCAGUAGGACAACACAUGACCUGAGCAACAGCAAGCUGUCCGGCCACCCCCACUGCUCUGCUCAGCGACAUGAGUCGCCCUAGCAUCAGCAGCACAGCUGAAAAAGCAAAGACCCUGCUCUGGGGCGGUGAACUAAAUCUGGAGAGGCGAAGUUGCACCUUCAGACCUCAAGCAGAGAGGAAGGAGAACUGUAGGCUGUUGCUCAAUGCGAUUUGCCUGGGGGAGAAAGCCAAAGACGAGGUGAACCGUGUGGAGAUUGUGCCCCCCACAAACCAGGAGGACAAGAAGACGCAGCCCAUCACCAUUGCCUCGCUGAAGGCUUCAGUCCUACCCAUGGUCACCAUGACAGGAGUAGAAUUUUCUCCUCCAGUUACUUUUCACCUCCGGGCUGGCUCAGGGCCUGUGUUUCUCAGUGGCCAGGAAUGUUAUGAAACUUCAGACCUACCCUGGGAAGAAGAGGAGGAGGAGGAGGAAGAGGUGGAGGAGGAAGAGGAGGAAGAAGAGGAAGAGGAUGACGAUGAGGCAGAUGUGUCUCUAGAGGACACGCCUGUCAAACAAGUCAAGCGGCCGUCACUGCAGAAGCAGACCAGCGUUGCCAAGAAAAAAAAGCUGGACAAAGAAGAGGAGACAGAAAGGUCCAGCCUUCCAGAGAAGAGCCCUGUAAGAAAGGCCAAACCCACAGUCAGAUCUAAGAAGCUGGGUUCCAAGAAGUGAGGAGCCAGGAUGGCCUCGCCCCAGUGACGGAAGAAGGGCCUCAAGCCCACCGCACAGAGGGUCUUCCUCCCUCUGUGCUCUGGGUGCAGAUGUCCCCCUACCAGCUCCCUUCACCUGAGCCUCAAUGUGACAGGGUAUUGUGAGGGCCCCACAGGAGCCUCGCACCCUGAACCCUGCGGUCUCAAGAGGCCCUGGAGAGAAGAGCCCGAGAGCACAGGGCCACAAUAAAGUUUGCUUUGUCAGGA